UUUUAAUGGAAGUCUAAUGUACCAGGGUGGGAUGUUCAGAUGGGAAGAAAAGAUAGGUUGACUGCUAGCUUCACCUAUACAAAUAACAACCUUCCUUUCCCAAAAGAAGACUUGAAAACCAUCCUCACCAAAUUUGAAAGAGCUGGUCUUGUCAUAGUGGACAUGGUUUCUCUCUCAGGUGCACACACAAUUGGUCAAGCUAGAUGCUCAACUUUCAAUGCUACUCUGCAGGAUCAUAGUAGCUAUGCUGAGCCAGGCGACCUAGAUUUUCUAGCAUUGCCAGCACAGUUUUGCUCCAACUCUCCGGAUAGCGAUAAUCCUCUAGCACCUUUCGACUUGGCGACGCCAGCAUCAGAGUAUAACAUGUAAAAAUGCGUCAUGACUAUUUAUAUAUAAGUAACACGGAACUCACUCGUUGAUGCUAUUGCUAGGAAUCAUGCCAUUGGCCGCAUCGUCCAAUACCAAGAAGGGUAAGGAU